AUGUCGGCGGGGCGGUGGCUGCCGGCGUGGUGCUGGCUGCCGGCGCUGCUGUGGGGCGGCGCGGGGGGCUACGUGGUGGUCAGCUCGGUGUCCUGGCCGCUGCCCGACGGGGGGGCGGCGGCGGACGAGCUGCACAGCUCCUCCACCGAGGAGGCGCUCCCCGCGCUGCUGGAGGAGGCGGGCGGCCUCUGGAAGCAGAGCUACCCGGCCUCGGCUUACCGGGAGGACGCGGCCCUGGGCUCCGGGCCGGCGGCGCGGCGGCCGGAGCAGGGGGCCGCCCCCUCCAGGAUGUUCUCCUACCGACGGGAGGGCGGCGGGGCGCCGGGCCGCGCCGGGACCGCCCGCUUCCUCGCCCGCUACAACACCUGGGGCUUCGUGGCGACGCGGGCGGCGCACGGAAAGAUCCAAGGUAUGCCCUAUGGGAACUGUUUACUUCUCAGCGAUGGUCCUGUCAAUAACAGCACUGGAAUCCCCUUCUUUUACGUGACGCUGAAGGAUAACACUGUGGCAGAUCUCCUGAAGAAUCCCAUGGCUUCUCUGACCCUGCCAGAGACAGAUGGAAAUUUCUGCAGAAAAAACGUAAUUGAUCCGGAGGAUCCAAGGUGCGCCAGGCUGACUCUCAUGGGACAGAUGGUCACGGUGCCUCCGGAGGAAGCAGAAUUUGCCAAGCAAGCAAUGUUUUCCAGGCACCCAGUGGUAAGAAAGUGGCCUCGUAGCUAUGAGUGGUUCUUCAUGAAAAUGAACAUUGAGCACAUCUGGCUUCAAAGCUGGUAUGGAGAAGUUUCUGCCAUUGCAGUAGAAGAGUAUUUAAAAGCUGUUCCAAGUAAAGGAUUGAAUGGACUUUGAUAUAGAGUUCUAAGUUUCCUUUCCAAACACUUUUAAAAUUUCAUGCUGGAUGGUCAAUUUACAGUGAUUUCCUGCCCCCCACCCCCCCACCCCCCCCCGGCUUCAAAAUAGCCCUGUCUCAUAUGGAGCAGAGUGAAAAUAAACCAACACAGACUUUCAAAUUAUAAAGGAGAAGUGGAUACUAGCCCUACCCUGCAAUGUACAAACUUGUCAUUUCAAAUAGGCAUUGCAUCAUCUUAAAUGGUGCUUAAAAAUGCUUUGUAUCUGUUUGUUUUGACUUUUGUUGCUGUGCACCCACAGGGAGACUACAGUAAGUGCUAAAUAUAAUGUUCUGAUUAACAGAAAAAGCAAAUUGCCUACUCAGAACCCCCUAUGCAUUGUAGAGGUAUUACUGCAGCUUGGUCUCCCUUGAUUUGGAAGUACUCUAAGAGAAACUUAAUAGCUGCAAAUAUAGGUAUUUAAGUUUUAAAAAAAUACUUUGCUAAAGCUGUCCUCAUUUGGUAACUUAUAAUUUCUACAUGUGCUUUUCUCAAAUUAGGUAAUUUGAUAUUUCACCUGGAAAUUGAGUAGAAAUUUUCUUUUUUAGUAGAAAAAAUGCAAGCAGCUCAAACAACAUGGCUCCAAUAUAACUUGUCUCUUGCUGGCACCAAGCUGGUUAAACAUGUUAAGGGCCAAAACCAAAUCAGCCCCACAAGGAUUAUCCUAAUACAAGUAUAAACAUUCUCAUAAGAAUAAUUAAGUAAGUGUUCUCAGCUAGCCUGUUGUUCUUAUCAGACAGGAAAAGUACUUUUAAUAGCCUGUAGUCCUGAUUUUUUUUGCACCCCUUCUCCAGCCACCGCUUUAUUUUUAACUCAUUUGUGUAACUCAUUUUUGUAUACUAUCACUAACUCAUGUAGGGGUACAGCCAGUCCCUUAACUCUGUUUCCACACCAAGUUUUAAAGGGCUUGUUGAUGCAUUUGUGUUUUAAAGAAGCCUAAAUAAAGAUAGUUAGACAUUUCAGGCCAUGAAAAACUGAUCUUCCUAGUGUGGAAAGUGCAAACAUUGUUGCAAACACAUUAUGAAUAGGCAUCACGUGAUAAUACCAAAAGAGUUCAAAGGUGUUUUUUUCACCUUCAGCCCUUUCUCUAGAUGUCCUGGUAACCUUAUUCUGCAGUUCUUACGGUUAUUGCAGUAAGAAAGUUCCCAUGGCUAACCAGCCAAGUCAUUACACAGUUUGCAAAUUAGACGGCUGUUCUCCCUGUUACAUUAAGAAAGAGGUUUCUGUGCCUGUGGGGAAGGUCUUCCAGCAUCCCUGGGAGAGCACCUGAGCUCUGGGUGGCAGCCUGCAGGACCCUCCCCGAGCGAGUGACCUGAGCUUGCACAGGUUAAUCCCUGGGCAGAGCUCAGAGGCAGCUGCGUGAGCUAUGACCAGCUGGAAACCAGUUAAGUGUAGCUGAGCUUAUUUUGGUUCAGGCAUGGAGAGAGGGAGCCACUCCCGGAGUGGAGCUGAGCAUCGUGCUAGUUUAACUACCAGGGGCUGCUUAGCCCUUGGUCAAGUGCAAGGCUCUGACCAUCACUGUUGUUCCUGAUAUUCUCUAAGAACUGAAGACAAAUGCAUGGGGAAGAACUUCGUUUAGACACUCACUAAGCAUUUUUUUUUUUUUGUCUCAUUGCCAGAGACUCUGCUAGCAGUGCAGGUCUUUUGCAGAGGUAAUUAUGCAAAAGAAGGAAGUGUCCUGCCUGAAUCUAUUUCUUUUUUUUUUUUUUUCCUUGGCAGAUGAGCACCAUUUUCCCAUUUGAGUUUGCCCCCGAAUCUUGCACUGUGUAGUACUGAAGCAAAACGGUCUGUCCUGUACAGAUUUAUAGAAUGCCAUCAAGUGAAAUCCUCCUUGAUUAAUAUAAUUUUGCCAUGGAGAUCUUUGUCCACUAUGAAUUUGAUACUUUGGCCAUUAUCAUUAAUGGGGCUUUUAAAUCUGAGUUCAACAGGCAGAGUAUUAGACCCUGUAGGGGAAUCUCGACAGGUCUAACAUUUCUGUGCAACUUUAAUUACAUGUUUCAUUAUCCCACUUCACUACUUUUCCCAGAGAAACCUGAACUGCCUAUUAUCUCUCCCCCACACACCCCCCGAGCAAAUUCAGUGUACAAGCUUAAUGUUUAAACAAGCUGAAGAAGAGAGGAAGAAUUUUAGAAAUGCCGCUGUUACUAUACUUUCAAUUUCAUUUAUAUCUUUAGACAGCCUGGUAACAGUGACAUGGUCCUAUGUCCUACCUGUUAACUUAUUAACACUCUUGCCUUUAAGUGGUAAGGGAUUUUAUCAGCAAUGUUCAGUAGAGCUUUAAACUGUUUAAGAAGCUAUUGUGCACUAAGAAAGGUUUUGAAUUUACAAUACCUUACUUGCUAUAGGCCGUCUAUCUGCACACCUAGAUUAAUUGGCGUAGCUUCUGUAUUGUAAAUUGACACAUUCAUCAAGAAGCUUUUCUAUACAGACUGGCUGUGAGGCUCUUGACAGAAACUCAAAACAUGAAAUGGUGAUGGCAUGUAAAGUGACAAAAUGGGCUUCAGGAAGAAAUGCCUUCUUAAAUUACCUGUUCUCCUUUCAUGCUUCCUUCUCCCAAGGAAUAGCUACCGUAAAAGUCCUUGAAGGUCUGUAGAAAUUAAUCAAAGAUAUGACCUGCAGGUUUUGAAUGGAAUUUUCUGGACCAGAAAAAGGGGAGGAGAUGAUAUUUUGCUUAAUUGGGCUUUACAUUUUUAUAUACUAGUUCCAAUGUUUCUUUAAACUGGCAAAUGUCUCAAGUGAUUGGUCAUCAUGCGGUAAGUGAUGUUUCUUGAAGCUUUUAACCCAAAAAGUGUUGAGAUGCCAUGGUAAAAUCAUAGUUCUUCAGAUUGUAAAGCGUCUUAUCUUCCUUCAGUUCACAUGAAUAGCAAAAAUCCUAUUUAUUUGUUGUGCUUUAAUUAUUAGAUCAAAUAAGCAUAUUUAUUAAAAGUCUUGAUAAGCCCUUAUGAGUUUAUUAAGCAUUUCAGCUACCUGAUGUGUAGUUCAUUUCCACGUGUUCUAUAUUUUCAUUAUUUCUGUAGCUUCCCCCAAAAAGCUUGUUGUGCAACAUGUAUUAUUUAAAACUUUAACUGUGGUUUUGCAAUAUUUAAGAGAUGCAUUUAGUCAUGUUUGUAUACUUGCUGAAAAAAGGAAGAGAAAGUUCUAAGCUUGGGUUCUCACUUCUUUUUGCUAAUUUGUGCAAACCUAAUGCAUGUACAGCAUUUAAGCACAGCUAGUUUGAACUGCUGUUCUUAUUUAACCAAAGAAUGCUCUGUUUCUGAUGAACUUUUCAUCAGUUCAGUGGACAAAAUGCAACCUGUCUCGUUUCUGGAUGUGUAUUGCAAUUUGCAAUGUAUUUUGAUUUCUAAAGACAAUGAACGUUGUUAACAAAAUGCCUACUGAGAAGAAAUGCAAAUAAACCAAAUUUCAGCGUGGAAA